CUUCUCCCAAAUCGAUGGCAGGCCGUCGCCGUCAAUCAAUGACACGUGCGUGUGUUUCCCCGGAACAUAUCUUGUCCUUUUAGUUGUUUCCAGGGGGAACAUUUUUAGCGUGGUACCGCUUUUCACUCUGAAGUCAACUUCGUUGUGUGUUUACAUGUUGUGCACAGAAUGAGCGAAACUAAGGAAAAAGAACAAAGUUACGAGGAGAUGUUCGCUCACAGAUUUUCCUCAGAGGACCAAGAGUACCAAGAGUACGUGAAGAGGCCGGCCGAUCCUCCUCCAAUCGUGGAGGACUGGAGAGGUCGCGGGGGUGGAAACCACAGAGGAAGAGACAGAAGGUAUCAGGACCAUCAAGGAGGUCGCGGAUGGGGUGGAGGCCAAGGAUGGAGUGGAGACCGAGGAUGGGGUGGAGACCGCUCUGGUAGAGGAGAGCAUCACAGGCAACAACAAGACAGAGAUCGGUACCAAGGGCAUGAUCGUGGGUCUCAAUCAAACUCCCAUCAGGAAAGCUAUUCACACGAUGAUAGACCUCGCUAUGCCAGAUACUAAUCUCUAUUAUGUAGAUUUUUGUUUCUGUACAUUUUUUCUAUGACGUACAUUUAAAUUUAGGAAUGCUAUCACAAAUACAAUUAUUGAACAGAAAUCACCUUGACUAUUUCAUGUGUGCUGUCUUUGAAGGUGGUCUCUAUGCCCACAGCUAUUGAAUAGUUUCAGAAUCAAGUAGUCUUCAGGUCAUACCAUCCAUUAAUGAAGCCGUUUCAUAAAAUUUGGUUUCGCAUUCAUAAACACUGCAAGUAUUACUUACAGUAUGUCUAGAAGUUGUACUGUAGUGUCUAUGACUUUGUGUGUGUUGAAAGACAAGAAUGGAACAGAUGUGAGUACUGGAUCACGAGAAAUUUUCACUCAAAAUUCUGCAUUUUACCGUUGUAAAAUUCCCAUAGUACGAAGCUUUUUCCUGCUUUUCACGUUCCCAUUUUCAUCUAAUUCCCCAGCUUGUCAAAAUAAAGUCGUACAACAUGA